ACGCCCGCUUUAUUUCCCUCCCCCUCCCCCUCUUUUCUCUUCUUCCUCCUUUUGAUUAGUCCUUUCUCUGUUCUUUCGCUAAGCCCUUUCUCGACACCAAACCCAUUUUCCCUGAGUUGGUCGCCCACCACUUUCGGUCGUCAGUUCACUGCAGCUUCGACCAGCCAUCGCUGGACCGAACCCACCAUCUCGCUUCUGCUUUUCCCCCCCAGCUCAAACCCUGCUCGAUCUUGAAUUUUCUGCAUUUAGAUUCUUGACCCUGAACUGGGUAAUCUUUAAACAGUACAAACAACGACGUAAGCUGAGAAAGUUUUCAUUUUUCUUUCUGGGUUUCUUGGAAACAUGGAAAAUGACUUCUUCAUGUGUGGAGGAGCGCUCGUCCCACCACCACCGCCACCGUUGCAGUGCGCGGAGAUGAAUUGCUUCUACAACCCCAGCUGGGAAAAGUCAACAGUAGAUCACGGGGUGGCCAAGUUUGACUCUGCCCUGAGCGCCAUUGGGUCCUCGCCUGCAGGGUCCACCUCUAACUCCAACUUAUCCAAUGGCAGUUUCGUGAUGAGGGACCUGGUUGGAAAGCUCGUUGGCGUUGGCAAUUCCAGCGAGCUUCCGCCGCAUUCUCAUCACCUGUUCUCUGCAAUGCCGGCGAAGACGGAUUCUCACGUUGGCGGAGAUAACAGUACCGGGAAUUCAUGUUACAGCACUCCCGUGAACUCCCCGCCCAUGACGGAUCGCUUGUUUCAGGACAAUCAUCACUUGCCCAAAUUGGGACAUGCCGUGAUGCCUAUGAACUCUGGCCUAGCAGAGUUCUCGCCUGAUCCUGGGUUCGCGGACCGAGCGGCGAGGUACUCUUGCUUUGGCAGCAGGAGUUUUAAUGGCCGGUCAGGCCAAUUCAGCAGGAAAUAUGGCGAAAUCGUGAAUAGAUCGAUGCCGCCGAUGGCGGACGAGAAAUUGACUCGGGUUUCCAGUGGCCCUUCUCUCAAGGCACUCGAGUCUCAAAUGGCUGCUGAGCAGAGCAAGAAUUCGCCGCCGCAGGACAGAGGCGAAUUGUCAAAUUCCCAAGAGGGAUCCUCAUUGUCAGAGCAAAUCCCAAGCGUGGAAAUAGGUCUGAGAGCUUCCAACGAUGCGGGCUUGAGGAAAAGAAAGGCAGUCCCUAAAGGGAAGGCAAAGGGAUCUGCAGGAACCUUGCCAUCUUCAAAUGAUGCGAAGGUUGAUGAGGCUAAUGAAAAUUCCGAUGCCAAGAGAUGCAAGCCGGAUGAAAGUGCAGGAAAUGAGAACUGCUCUGGUAAGGCCGAGCACGAUCCGAAAGAGAGUACUGGAACUGCAUCAGAAGACAAACAAACCAAGACCGAGGAGAAAGACUACAUUCAUGUCAGAGCAAGGAGGGGUCAGGCAACUGAUAGCCAUAGCCUUGCUGAGAGAGUGCGUAGAGAGAAGAUCAGCGAGCGCAUGAAGAUUCUCCAAGACCUCGUGCCGGGCUGCAACAAGGCAAUUGGAAAGGCCGUCAUGCUUGAUGAAAUCAUCAACUAUGUUCAGUCGUUGCAACAUCAAGUCGAGUUCCUUUCUAUGAAGUUGGCUUCUGUAAAUUCUGGUCCUGAUUAUAAAAUGGAUGCUCUUAUGUCAAAGGAAAUGUUUCGAUCAAACGACCCAAUUCAAUAUCCUAUCCUUCCGCCAGAUUCCUCGGCGGCAUCCGUCUUAUAUGGUCACCACAGGCACCAGAAAAACUCAGCAGUACAUAACCACAUCACGGAGGGGACAACCGCCCAAUUUUCGAUGGACCCACUAAAUGAACCGCAUUUUCCUCCACUGGACGGAUUAAAUGAUCACGUUCUCGCGUCCUUCUGCGGAGAUGACCUGCAGAUGCUGGUUCAAAUGGGUUUUGGCCAAGACAAGCUGACAGACGCGCCAUUGGAUCAUCAAGAUUAUCACGGUCAAAACCCGGUCUCCCACAUGAAAAUCGAGCUCUAGCAAAGCUACUAAAGUUUUCCUCACUGACUGCCUGGUGACGGAGGCCCUGUAGAUACAAGCAGUGUUGUUCGGAAAGUUUGCAAGAUUGCCGAGCAAAUUUGAUCCUAGGUCCGAUGAAGAGAAAUUUUUUCGCCCUAUUAUUAUUCUUUCCCUGCUAGUAUAGUCGUCCCUGAUCUUGCCCAUUAGUUCUUCAGAGGUAGUCUUCUUGCCGUAUAGUGUUGGCACAAUUUGGUCUUGGUCUUACAAUGCUGUACAGCUUAGAGCACCGAAUGUAAAAUAAUAUCCACGAGUAGCUUUCGUUUUCCUACCUAUUGGACAUUGUCACCUCAGGAUUCCAGGAGGGAUUAUUUAAAUUGGACUUGACGUAAAUUGUUUUGGUUUUGUAAUCUCCUCCCUCUCAAUCGGUCUUUCAAUGGUCAUGUCAAUCGAUAACAACUGAUUAAACCGCG